AUGACCAUCACUCUGGAAGAGAGAUACCGCCAAGAGCGUGAGAAGCGCACCAAUUCCAAACAUCUAGGACAAUACCUCGACCGAUCUCAAACAUCCCCUUAUAUCCUCACCGAAGACCCUUGGGUGCAACCAGGAACACCCAUCAAUCGUCCCGUCCCAGAAGGCGGCCAUGUGAAAAUCGUCAUCUUCGGAGCCGGAUUCGGAGGCUUGUGCGCCGCCGUUCGAGCUCUACAAACCGGAGCUGCACGUAGUUUGGAAGAUAUUCUCAUCGUCGAUUAUGCGGGAGGUUUCGGAGGGACUUGGUGGCAUAAUCGCUACCCGGGAUUAAUGUGUGAUUGCGAAUCGUACAUUUAUCUUCCAUUGCUCGAGGAAACGGGAUAUAUGCCCACGAGAAGAUUUGCCGGUGGUGAGGAAAUCAGACAGUAUUCGGAUCUUCUGGCGAAGACUUUUGGAUUGCAUGGUCGAGCCAUGUUUCAGACUCGAGGGAGGAGUCUUACGUGGGAUGAUGAAGCUAAGAAUUGGGCGUGUGAGGUUGCUGUUAAGCCGAAGGGGGGAAAGGAGUAUCCUGCGACUUUUACGGCGGAUUUCGUGGUGCUUUCUUCUGGGGGAUUCACAGAUCCUAAACUACCGGAUCUUUCUGGAAUGGACAAGUACGAGGGCAAGAUGUUACAUACUGGACGAUGGAAUUAUGAUAUCACGGGAGGAUCACCUGCAAACCCCGAGCUGACCGAGCUGAAAGGGAAGAGAGUAGCUAUUGUCGGGACUGGAGCUACCGCCAUGCAAGCCGUUCCUGCCACGGCAAAAUGGGCAAAGGAGCUAUAUGUCUUCCAGCGAACCGCAUCAUCAGUCGACAUUCGAAACAAUCGAGACACCGAUCCUGAGGAAUGGAAGACUAAAAUAGCAAACAAAAAAGGCUGGCAAAUAGAACGAGCCGCCAACUUCCAGCGUUUCGUCGAAGGACCAGACAAUCGACCCGAGGUGAACAUGGUCGACGACGGAUUCUCACACAUGCCCAGUCUAGGCGCAGCAUGGGGCAAUUCMUCCCAGGUCUCGCCCAACGACAUAGAAAGCUAUGUAGCAGCCAUGCUAGAAUUGGACCGUCCCCGUUCCGAGCGUGUACGCCAACGAGCCUUGGAUAUCGUCAAAGACCAAGAGACAGCAAAGUCCCUUCAAGCAUGGUAUCCAGGCUGGUGCAAACGUCCCACCUUCCACGACGAAUACCUCCAAGCUUUCAACGAGCCAAACGUACAUCUCGUAGACACAGACGGCAAAGGUGUCGAAGCAUUAUAUCCUGAAGGCAUCACUCAAAACGGCAAGGAGUAUCCCAUAGACGUCAUCAUCUGGUCUACAGGCUACGGAUCUCCUCUAACGGAAUCCCUGGCGGGUAAAGCCCUUAUUAAAGUCAUAGGCAAGAAUGGUCAUGAUAUGGAAGAUCGAUUUGGGACUGCGCAAUUAAUGUCUCUGCAUGGAAUCGCUGCUCAUCAUUUCCCUAAUCUCUUCUUCACGGGCCUCUCUCAAGCGGGCGUGGGAGCUAAUCAGACGUCUCGAUUGGAUGAACAGAGCGUACAUAUUGCGCACAUCAUCAAAGAGGCCGAAAAGAUGAAGAAGGCUACUUCAGGAGAGCAGCAUACUACUGUUGUAGUGGAGGCCACUGAGGAAGCGUGUGAAGCGUGGGGAGAUAAAGUCGCUGGUAUCGCACAUAUGGCUGCGCCUAUGCAGGGUUGCUUGCCGAGUUACUUCAACGGCGAAGGCAUGACGGCGAAAUUCAACGAAGCGCAGCAGAAAGGUGCUGCGAGGAGCGCGUUGUGGGGACAUGGAUUUACGGAUUAUGCGAGAAUUCUGGCGGAGUGGAGGGAGAAAGGGGAAUUGGAGGGAUUUGCGGUUACUGCUGCUGUGUAG